UAAAUCGGAACCAGACAAAAGAAGGAAAAUUAUUUCGCUAAUAUUUUUACUACUUUUAUUAAAAAGAGAUUAGAAAGAGUCGUUAACUUGAUGAAGCCUUCUCAAAACUUUUCAAAUGUCUGAUAGAUUUUAAGUUCCUUCGUGACAAGACUAUUUUAUCUUGUGACCUGCGUAGUCACAAGACAAAAUAGUCUUAUAUAAUAAAUAGACUUUAAUUUUCAAUACACUUUAUUAUUCAAUAUAUGACGUAAAUUUUGGAACUGCAUUACCAUUAUCCCAUUUGUCUUACAUAUCCUCUUCCCCCUUGGAUGUCUGUUUGAAUAGUCGUGUCAUAUUUGCUUUUUCUCAUAAUAAUUGCAAAAUAAAUAAAAAUAAAUGCCGAAUAAAUAACUUCAAACUACCAGGAGUGCAGUGACUAGGAAGAGUGCUUCUUAACGCAGCCUGACAAGGACAAUACGAGUGUGAGUGCGACAAUCAUAUUUUACUUGUUAUCUUACCAAGAUAUAACAAUUACUCUCAACCGAUAGAUAGUCACUAUUGGUCAGUGUCGCAUCACACCCAUCGUCGCAGGAGCAAGUUUUGGCAGCGGCGGUUACCUCUCGCUUCCCCUUCUUAACUGUGACGUGACUCAUAACCAACGGCUUAACCUACCGCGAUAGUAAUUUGCCGACGGACAUUUAGGCCUACUUAUAAAACUCGCGGUCAUAUUAUAGAAAAAUGAUGCGCUCGCCGGCUAAAAAACAAGAUGCAACGUAUGGAUCCGCGCCUAAUUUAAACAUUAGCAAUGUCUCCGAGGCACCAAAUGAACAAGAUAUUGUAAUACGCUCUGUUAAAAGACGUCGGUGCGAUUGCGGGCCGUCCGAGGAAUCCAAACUUGACGCGUUCAUACAAACACUCUCGUCCUGGAGAGAUGAGACUAACAAUAAGUUAUCGAGCUUACAAACUUCCAUGAAUGAUAUCAAGACACAAAAUAAAGAAUUGAUUUUAUCAAACUCAGAAAUAGAAAAGUCUAUCGAAUUUUUGGCUUUAAAAUAUGACGAUUUAUGUCUACAACUAAACGGGUUCCAGGAAAAAGCCAAAGUAAGCGACGAACGGCUGAUAAAAUUAGAGGGCUGUGUAGAAGAAUUUGAGCGAAAUUUCCGAUCAAGUGCCAUCGAAAUUCGAAAUUUACCUAUUAAAAUAAAACCCACACAGGAACAUUUAAUCACCAUCUCAAUGAAAAUCUUUAAGGAGCUGUCAAUUGAUGUAAGCAUGUUGAAUAUCUAUGAUGUUCGUAUCAUUCCUACAGAAUCCGUCAAUAAAACAAUUAUUUUGAAUCUAAACUCGAUAAUACUGAAAAAUAAAAUCAUCAAGGCUUUCCGAGAUUACAACCGCCAAGAAACAAAUAUAAGACUAAACUCUUCUAUAUUGGAAACAGACCAACCACAACAAUGGAUAUAUAUAUCAGAAAAUCUGACAAUGCGAGCACGCAGAUUGUUCCAUCUUGCGCGAGACUUUGCUAAGACAAACAAUUUCAAGCAUUGCUGGACAGCAAAUGGGAGGAUUCUUCUCCGUAAAGAAGACAAUGUGAAGCCUAUUGUUGUUACCUCAGAGACUCAGUUAAAUGAUAUUCAGGCAAAAAACUAAUCUACCUAUCUUGUUUUUCAUUAUUACAAAAAUCUAUGUUAGUGUUAAGGUUAUACUUCAACGUUUUUUUGUUAUAUAGUAUAUAUAAAAAAAUAAUUAAAAAAGUGAAAAUGUGUAUAAAAACACAUUUCUACCUCUUUAGUGCACACGAUUACCCUGCAUUUUGUUUUAUAUAUUUUAUAAAUGGUUAUAUCAUAGAUACAAAUAAACUACACCUGUUCUUUCAAUAUACUUCAGAAGAAUACUAUUCGUGUUUUACGUUGGGAUGUUUUGUUGGUAAAAUAAAUAAACUAGAGUCUGUCUUCUGUGACAUUCAAAACUACCGAUUGUACCCUGUUCCUUUGAAACUUUUUUUAUUGUUUUACCAUGGUAAAAAUAUAAUAAUCUGGUAUAUUAUACAAAGAUUAGUGUCCUUUUAUGUUUUUAUGUAUACGCAUAAUUUUAAGUAUAUUGGUUUUUUAAUGUAUUUGUCAUCUUUCUGCAUGAAUUGUAUAAUAAUCAAACAUAUCUAUUGUAUUAAAGCUCAUAACUCUAAAAACAAUCAGAAGAAUAAAUUAAGCUGCUGGAUACGUUCGUAUAGAACCACAGUGCUAUCAAUUUCAAAGCAGGUAGCUAAUUCUAAUGUGUCUGUAAAUGGGGGAGCGGGUUAUAUUUUUGUACACAAAUCGUACAUAAAUAAGUACAAUGUUCAUGCAACAAGGAUAUUUGAUCUUUUUACACUUUUAAAUGUACUGAAUAUUGUUAUUAUUAUGAUACAUCAAUCAGGUCUGAAAUACCGCACGGGUACAUUAAAUAACAAUGUUAAAUACUUUUUUAAAACAAACAAAUACAAGCCGCGGCACCAUCUUGUUCACAUGAUUAUGUAAUUUAAUUUCCACUACUACCAGUUGUGUGCUUAUUAUAAAUUGACCAAUAAAGAAAUUGUGUUCAUAGUAUAAAUCUCGUCAAAGCGAAAUAGCAUUGUUAAAAUGUUUGGACAAAACUGUUUGUUGCAUGAAAAUUGUUUGUUAUUGAGGUGUACGUCCGUUUCUCUUGUUCCUUAUUUAACUUGUAAGUUUUAAAAUUCAGUAUUACCAAAGAUAUAAUUACAAAUUUGGACAAUGUUUCAGUUAGUUCUUCUCAUGUAUGUGAUCCAAAUCAAGUGUACGGAC